UUUAGGAUUACUCGAUCAGCGGCUUAAUGGGACAUUGUUAUUUUGAAAAGUGCGAUUUUGUAGAAGCUAUUCGCUGCUACGAAUUUUCUAACGCGAUGUAUAAUCGACCGGACGAUUUGCAUCUCGUACAAACGAGAAUGGGACUGUAUUACAAAGAUAUUGGCAAUUACGAGCGCGCGUUAAAAGUUUUCCUCAACGCAUGCCAGACUUCACCGACGGCAGAAACGUGGCUAGGUGCGGGAAUCGCUUUUUACGAGUUGCAGCGAUUUACGGAAGCGGAGGCAGCUUUAUCAGAAGCGAAUCAAAUCGACAAUCGUAACGUGACUGUUUGGAAGUACUUAUGUCUGUUAAAUAUGUCUUUGCAACGUCACGAUGAAUUCGUUCAGUGCCGGACACAGAUCGCUCAGGACGAUACGACUUUCUCUUUAGAAAAACGGUCCCUCAAACCGCGAGAUGGAAAACUGGUCAUGCUCUAAAUGCAGCCACGUAAUUACAUAUAAGCUUCUCCUCUCCUUAAUUCGGAGAUUCAGUCAGCUAUUCUACGACGAUCACGAUGAGAUUAUUGUGUACGCUAUUUAUACUCAGUCUGCUUCAAAUAGUGAUGUUUACUGCGAUGAUAAAUUGCGAUGAAUCAAGAAGCGUUAUACGUCACAAAAUUGGAAAAAAAGAUGAUGUUGAACGGGUCAAAAUAAAAGUUUUCCGUGGCCCUAUGCAAG